CAUCCUGCAGUGGGGCUCUUCAAGACUUGAUUGGACAAAUAUCCUACUCGUUCCAUACACAUGAUUAAUCCCUCAAACACAGACACACACCCACAGGCACACACAGUAUAUAUAAAGAACGAUUUAUCAGAAAUGGUGGUAUUUACUGCAGAGACAGAGCAACCUCAGUCAGUGGAGAUACCCCACAUGCAUUGUGUGAGAUAGGUUUUUUUGUUUGAAGAACUUUUGAAGCCUUUUAUACCAUACAAUAAGGGGACUGAGGCACGUAAAGUCUCUCACAUAGAGAGGAAAUAGUGUGAUCAGGUUCAUAUCUACAGUAAGGACACAUUGUACAAGGUGGUAUGGGGGCAGGGCGGAGGGCUAUGGGGUACAGAGUGGAGAGAGAUGUGCUGGAUGAGCAAGGACUAGAAGAGCUGGCUCGAAGAAUGGACUACUCCGACACUCACCUUCCCCUGAACGAGCGGCUAAAGGAGUCCUUCAGAUGCACUGUACCCAGGCUGAAGCGUACAGUGGUGGGCUGCCUGCCUGUGCUCUACUGGCUGCCCCGCUACUCGAUCUGGGACUACGGCAUGCCGGACCUCAUUGCUGGCAUAAGCGUGGGCAUCAUGCACCUGCCACAAGGUAUGGCCUAUGCAUUGCUAGCCUCCUUGCCUCCAGUGUUUGGGCUAUAUACGUCCUUCUAUCCUGCACUAGUCUACUUCUUCUUUGGGACAUCAAGACAUAUUUCCAUAGGUACCUUUGCUGUGCUCAGUAUCAUGGUUGGAAGUGUGACAGAGAGGUUGGCACCAGACAACGACUUCCUGAUCAUGAUCAACGGGACAAACUCGACUGAGGUGGACAUCGCUUCUAGGGACUCUUACAGGGUGCAGGUUGCCGCGGCUACCAGCAUCCUAGCAGGAAUGAUCCAGGUGGUUCUGGGGCUGGUGAGGUUUGGGUUCGUGGGUACCUACUUGUCAGAGCCACUGGUGCGGGCCUACACUACAGCAGCCGCUGCUCACGCCGUGUUGGCCGUGGUCGCACAGCUUUUUGGGGUAUCAAUCACGCGCUUCAGCGGACCUCUGUCACUGGUGUAUACCCUGGUGGAGGUGUGCUCCAAACUGCCGCAGACCCACCUCCCCACUCUGGUGGUCAGCGCGGUAUCCAUUGGGUUUCUCAUCGCAGCGAAGCAGAUAAACUCGGCAAUCAGCGCCAAACUGCCCGUGCCCAUCCCAGUGGAGCUCAUUACAAUUGUGUCAGCAACGGUGAUCUCUUUCUACAUCAAACUAAAUGGCAUCUACACAAUCAAAGUAGUGGGGGAGAUUCCCAGUGGCCUGGCUGCACCAAGGUUGCCUGAUACUAACCUGUUUAGAGAGGUGAUCGGGGACGCAUUUGCCUUGGCCAUUGUGGGCUAUGCCAUAUCCAUCUCCCUUGGGAAGACAUUUGCUCUGAAACAUGGCUACAAGGUGGACAGCAACCAGGAACUGGUGGCGCUGGGUCUCAGUAAUGCCGUGGGUGGUCUCUUCCAGUGCUACGCUGUCUGCUCCUCGAUGUCUCGCAGCCUCAUCCAGGAGACCACCGGAGGCAAGACACAGAUGGCUGGAAUUGCCUCGGCCGUGAUCGUGCUGGUGACGGUGUUGAAGCUGGGCCCACUGUUCCAGGAGCUUCCCAAGGCAGUGCUCGCGGCCAUCAUUUUUGUUAACCUGAAAAGCAUGUUCAAGCAAUAUUAUGACAUCAUCACCCUCUGGAGAAGUAGCAAAGUUGAUCUGAUGGUGUGGUUCGUGACCUGGGUGUCCACUCUGCUGCUGAACCUGGACUUGGGCCUGGGUGCGUCCAUCAUCUUCGCCGUGCUGACCGUCAUCUUCAGGACCCAGCUGCCGAGGUACUCGGUUCUGGGACACGUUCCAGGCACAGAGCUCUACCUGGACAUGGAGACCCAUAGAGAGGUAAGAGAGGUCCCCGGCAUCACCAUCUUCCACUCCUCAGCCACUGUGUACUUUGCCAACGCGGAUCUCUACCUGGAGGCUUUGAAAGAAAAGAGCGGGCUUGACAUCAGCAAGAUGAUCAUCUACAAGAGAAGACAAGAGGCCAAGCAGAGACGUAGAGAGAAGAGAGCGGAGAGGAGAGCAAAGAGGAGAGCAAAGAGGGAGGCCACAAGCCAGCGGCGGCCUCCGAAAGCCGGCGAGCCGAUAACAGCGGUCUUCUCGGUGGAGGAGGCGGGGAGAUGGAACGAGCAGGGGCGGAGAGACCAGGGGGAGUCGCCGGGAGACGACCAACCAGGCUGGUGCGGCCGCGAGAACGGCACGGUGUUCGUCAUGCCAAUGACGCCCCGCGCGUCAGGCGAUCAGUGCAGCUGGGAGUACUUGAAGGGUGGUGGGGACCCAGACAGCGCCACCCUGGGGACAGUGUCGGAAUUACAAGACGGGGACACCACCACCCUGGGCUCCAGCAGUGAGGACACCUUGAGUCGGGACCUGGACAAGGUCUCCCUGGGAUCACUGGGAAAGUGGACCUGGGACAUCCACUCCAUCAUCCUAGACCUGUCCACAGCGAACUUCAUCGACACCGUCGCCAUCAAGACUAUGAAAAACAUAUUCCACGACUUUGGUGAGAUUGAUGUUACUGUGUACAUGGCCGGGUGUCAGGUCCAUGUGGUGGAGCAAUUAGAGCUGGGAGGCUUCUUCUCAGAGACCAUCACUAAAGGACGCCUGUUCGUUACCGUCCAUGACGCUGUGUUACACUGCCUCGGCCACCAGGGAACGUCCACGCCCGGCUUGGAGUAUUCACUGGAGAUCCCGUGUAGCAGCAAACUCUGAGGACCCUCGGCGAAGUCGGCCAUCCCUGGGUAUUGGUGGAGACAGUCUUCUGUUAUGGGGCGGGUCCCUAUCCCAUUAGAAUGUUCAUGGAACUACACAGGCAUAUACUAUGUAUAUGGUAGGUCUAAUCAAGUCAUGUUUUUGUAACGAAGUGUAUAAAACCACCUGCAUCAACAUUUGAAUAAAAUGCUUAUUAAAUAAAAGCCAAUACGGGUCC